AGCGUUGACAAAGAAGUUAUCCGUGACAGAUGUAUCAUAGGAAUGCCCUGGGAACAAGUGAACGAAAUGGUUUGUCAAGUCGUUGCGCCAGCGCUAAGUACCAUUUGUCAAAUACCACUUUCAACUGGAGCAUAUUGCCCAUUGAAAAAUAAAGUUCGAAAUGAACUAUGUGACUUGGAUAUUCUAAGUCAGCAGGAAUGUGAUGACAGUGAUCUACUGGAAGAUACAACUAAAAAAAACGAGCUAUUCAGAAAAGUUCAGGAAGCCUUCUAUCACGGAGAGCAGCCAAGUUGGUGGAACUACUGGUUCGGAGAAGAUCAAAUUUGCCGUCGAUCAAAGCACGACACCCUGAAAAAAUAUGUGAUGGAAGCAUUGCAUAGGCGGAACACCGGAGAGGACAAAGUGGCUGUUGUAACCUUGAUACACCAACCUGGAUCUGGCGGCACGACAGCAGCAAGACAGAUUUUGUGGGAUUUAAAAAAGGAAUUUCGAUGUUGCGUCGUAAAAAAAGUUACAGACCAGACGUGAUCAAAUAAUCUAUCUGAGAAACUAUGAAGAAAUUAAUUCUGCUAAGCCCCCGGUAGUUUUACUGGACAACUGUGACGAAGAAGGUGUACUUAAUCUCCAUGCUACAUUGGAAAGACGAGCACGGGAAGCAUCAAUUCGAUCGGAGCAAAGCAUUCUAACCUACUGCGUCUUGUUGGUAUGUACGAGAAGAACCAAUUUACCAAAAUCAGUGAAAGAGCACACUGUUCUUAUUCGGCAAGAGCUGGAACAAAAAGAGCUGACAUGGUUUCAGAGAAAGGCAAGUGUACUGGAACGGCGAUUCAAAGAUAAAGAAGGCGUUGACCCUAGGCUUCUUAUUUCAUUCAAUAUUUUGAAAGAAAAUUUCAAUUUUGAAUACAUCAAAGGUAUCGUAAAGCAAUAUGCAGAUGGAAUUGAGUCGCAAGAAGAGAAAGAAUUGCUGAUGUAUUUAUCAUUGAUGAAUACUUACGACAUGGAUUUCCAACCUUUGCCUAUCAGUGCAUUUGAUGCUUUAAUGGAUGUGAAAUUUGGAGGUAAAGAAUCUUAUGGACUAGCGCUAUCACAUCGCCGACAGAAACGCGACAGGCAAUGGGAGACUAAACUUAGCGCGGAGUUGAAAGUACUGCUGAACGUCUCAUCAAGAAGUGGACAAGGUAGCAACCUUAGAGCACUGUCAAUAAUCAAUCCUUUGUUUGCGAAAGAAAUAUUUCAGCACCUUAAACAAGAAGCAAGUACUAGUUCUAUCAUGCUACAAUUCCUACGGUCUAAAGUAUUCAAAAGGCAGAAUGGACCUGUUGACCAAGUCAUUCGAGUAGUCAAAGAUGUAUUAAAGAAAAGAGAGGCACUAGAAAAUGGUAGAAGACAGAAGUUUUCACGGAUUUUGACAGUGAUCAUGAGCGAAGAAGAUACUGAGAGAGCCGUUAGUGUCCUGAAGAAAGGCUUUGAGAUGACAGAGGAUCCCAUGAUUGCUCAACAAAUCGCACGAUUGUACAUAUACAGCAAGAACUGGGGAAUGGCAACCGAAUAUGCUAUUAAAGCUACGCAACUCCGACCAAACAACUCAUAUCUCUGGGACACGUAUGGUCAAGUAUUCAAGGCACAAGUAUUUGAUCAAUAUGAAUCGUGCAUAACUAAUCAGGCAUUGUCGCUCGAGGAUACGUGCAAUAUAAUUCAAGUUGCAAUGAAGGGGAUUGAGAAGUUCCAUAAAGAGCAGGAUCAAAGUCAACACGACAACAAAACAUCCCCGAAUGAUCCCGGCUAUUUUGGGGAGGUCCAACUCAUCAUUUUAUUGAUGAAGGUUUUGAAUUUUUCACCUUUUGAUAAAGAUGUGCUUCAUCGAUUCGUUGUUGAAAGCACUUUUGAACCACCGUCGCUCUCCGUUUUAGAUGAUGGAAGUAGAGACACCCUCAAAAAGUUGCAAGGGUUCACCGAGAGUGCAAUGAGAAAGAUAGAAGAAAGGUCAUCACAACUGAAGGAAAAUGUAACCAGUUCAAUUUUCCGUGACAAGAAAGGUUUUCCAGAUGAAAGUUUGGCAGUUCUGCGGGAGAAUGUAGACAUGCUUUUUGGAGAAUGCACAGACGUUGUACCGUCACAUCUUUCUCCUUUAGAGAGCGCAGAUUUUAGAAGAAGAAGAGUGAAACGAUUGGGUGGACGUUCGUUGUCCUCAUUGUUGAGAUACCUACGACAAGACAAUGGCAAUGGCAGCUGUUUAAGACAACUGGAAAUCAUGUUUUCCCACCUGACAAUGAAUAUCUCAUCUGCUUGCCCAGAGCCAUUUGACACUGUUAUGCUCAUCAGUGUUGCAUUGGCUAUGAGGAUCCAUAGUAAAAAGGAAAGUGUAACGACAAAAAUUCCUAAUAUCUUGGACCUUACAAAGCGUAUGUACGAUACAGAGUGCAAGUCAGAAAACGAAUUUCCGUAUUUAGAAAUCUUCUUGUACCUUGUGAUGUUCCAUUGGCCAACGCCAAGCAGAAAAAGUAAGAACAUAUGUCCAGUUGGAACGAUCCGUGAAGCCAUCAAACGCUGGAAAAUAGCAUUCCAAACAAAUCACCCACGACAAAGAGAUGAAGGUAAUCCACACAGAAAAAAAGAAACAACAUAUUUCUUUCUCGGAAAGGACCAUGAAAGUGACGAAAUUGUCUAUUAUGAGGAACUUCACAAUCGCCAUGGUAGCAUGUACUUCAAGGGUGACGAGAUAUGGCAAGAUCCAAAUGUCGUACAUAAGCUUCAACGCCUGGAAGGAACUUUAGUUGGAGAUGGUUUGGAGGUUCUGAUAAGGAUAGAGACAGAAUCCGGUAACAAAGAAGCUUUGACUGUCCCAACAGCGAUGCCAAUAGGCCAAAGGUCACUUUGGCAAAAGAAAGUUUUUUUCUACCUUGGAUUUUCUUGGGCCGGUCCGAAGGCAUUUGAUGUGUCAUCAGACGAUCGUCAGAGUCUAAUUUCAAAUUCAAUUCAGAGCCACGACCGAAUGGGAAUGGCGCGUAUUAGGUCAUCAUCAGUCCUUCCAGAUCCAACUCAGAGAAUUGAAGAAAUAGGCCGGCGUUUAAGAAAGAUAGAACAGCUGAAGAAAAAGAGGAACCGUAGCAAAAUAGAGGAUAAUGUAAUACGCGAGGAAAAUGCUUUGCGGUCGAAAUUAAAGGAGCUUCUUUCUACAAUAGAGGAUAUGUUUGGAGGAACGUGAAAUGGUAAAUAAAGUGAUUUGGUGUACCGUUCUAAAGUGGAUUGAAAAACUGACAAGACUGCAUAAGCAUAGCAACCAUACAUCUAUGUAUUUCCUGGCGUUGAGGUCACUAUAAUCGUGUAAAACAUGACAUUGUGUUAGAUUAACGAUUUCAAUUGUGUGUGGAUAAUCUCAAUACAGUUUCUGACGUAUUUGUCAUUGUUUUGUGGUUUGGGUAAUGUACAUAACUGUUUUGCACCGUUAUACGCCCAAUCUACAAUUCAAAUCACCUGGGACUAAAGGUUGAUCUUUCAGAGGAAGUGAUAUGAAUGAUGAAAAAAAAAGUUAUGGACACUUUGUAUAAAUAUCAGAUUUGAGUACAAAUGUCAAUGUUAAUUAGUUUUGUGUAAGGUUGUCAUAACGUCAUCAUUUCCUCAAAUGGGUCAAAGUCGGACAAACAGUUACACAGUCCUACCAGUACUAUAAGUACGUUAACAAUACGAGUUAUUACUCAAAAUCGAAAUAUCCUUGGGACGUUGCUGAUUAUGAUCCAGAUCCAGUUCAAAUGUAAACUCAUUAAACAUAACUUUUCCUUCGAGUAUUAUGAUUUUGUCGACCAAUUCAUUAAUGGACGAGUGCAACUUACAUACAAGGUAUGCGUGCUUUAGAUAAUGCUCAGUAUACCCUAUUACACAAAAAAAAUGAAAUAACUAGUGUAGUUACGACUUCACUGUGUCCCCUGGAGUAUCGAGGAUGCUACCAGCGGUGCCAUGAUACUUUAGAUGUUUGAUGCAUAGGUGCUUAGCACGUUUAUAAGUAUAGAGAAAAUGUAUUAGUCUAUAAUCGGUUUUGGACUUAUAAACGUGCUAAGUACCUAUGUUUGAUGUUAAUAAAUUAAUUUUGUCUUCCUCCGUCUAAAAUUAAUGCAAAUUCUUUCCAAACAUGGCCUCUUUACACUCGCUUCAUUCCAGUUGUGUCUGUGAUUCUUAGUCCAUUAUGUUAUGAAUUUGAAAGACAAAUGUUAUAUAGUCUACGAGUUGUGUAGCUGUCCAUAUUCUUUUUCCAUUUCACACUCAAUUUUGCUUGAUGUAAGCGUCACGUGCAUACCCCGUGUUUCAGUUAUGAUAUACACAGGGACUUGACACGAAUUCCCAACCCACGGUCUAUGUAUUGUAUUGUAUUGUAAUAAACACCAAAACAGACAAGUAAACUGUCUAAUUUCCCAGGCGAUUCGCCCUUUUAUCAAGACAAACGUAAAUUACAAACGACCACACGCAAAGAACAUAAAUAGUUACAUAAAGACCGUAGGUUGGGAAUUCUCGUCAAGUCCCUCUGAUGAUACACAUCUACUGUAUUUAUGAAUUAAGAUUUAAUUUGUUAUAGAAAUAUGGACUUCAUUAAAGUGUUGUUAUUCAUAUUUUACUGAAAAUGUGUAUCGUAAAAGUUAUAUUUUUAAAUGUUUGUAACAGGAAUAUGGACUUCAUUACAGAAAAUGUGUAUGGUUGAGGUUACAUCUUUUAUUUUUUUGUAACUUAAGGCGGAUUUCUUUCCGUCAUCUAUCAUAAUUUACAUCAAACAUACCAAACGGACAUACGUUCGCCAAAAAUAUGUUUGUCAUUGUAUGAAGCAGAUGUUGUAUUAUUACAUUUGAUCAAAGUUAAAAUGAUGUUAACAUGUGUGUGUAUGUCUUAUAUAAAGCACAGGGACCUGAGAAUUCUCAGGUCCCUCUGAUAUACGUACAGCAAUGGUACUAAGCUGAUAUGUUGGAGUAUUUUAAAUGGAUUCCUUAUGAGGCACAAAAAUAGGAUGUAAAAAUCACUGUCUUAUCAGGAUUGGCGAGAAAUUUGUAAUUAAUUCAAUUUAAAACAAUCAAAAACGUACAAAUACCAUUUAGAAACCCUAACUUAACCAGUUAAAAUUAUUAUUCUUUUCAAUUCUUUUAACAAUAAAAUGACAAUUUUUUUUCAGUCAGGGACAUCCAAAUGGGACUGAGCAUGCUAAAAUAAUCAGUACUAUUUGUAAAAUUAUAUAUUUGAAGUAACUGAAGGCUUUUGGCUAAGUAUGUAAAUAAUAUAACAUAAAACUAAUUGAAAACGUAUGACAAAAUAUGAACAGCUUUGAGUAUUUUUCUGUUAUCAAGCUAAACUUGUAUGAAAAGAUUUGAUUAGUUUGAAGUAUUGAUGAUCCGUUUGAAGUAUUGUACAUUUUAUUAUAAAGCUGAACAUAUUUGAAAACAGGCUCAUUUUGGUAUCAAUCUUGGCAUGCUUAAAACAAUGUGAUCAGUUGGAAGUGUUGAACUUUUUAUUAUAACAUUGAACAUAUUUGAAAAGGUAUGAUCAUUUUGAAAUACAUGUAUUUUAAUGUUUAGUAUCAGGAUGACCAUGCUUGAAAAGACUCAAGCAUUUUGAAGUAUUGAUGACCAUUUUGAAGUAUAGUACUUUUCAUCAUCAAGCUGAAUAUGUUUGAAAAGAUAUGAUCAUUUUGGGUUUUCACUGUUUAUUAUCAAGCUGAACUUGUGUGACAAGAUGUGAUCAUUUUGCAGUAUUGUACUUUCAAUUUUAAACAUAAACAUAUUUGAAAAGAUACAAUUUCGAAAUAUUAUACAAUUUGGUAUCAAGCUGACUAUGCUUGAAAAAAUGUGAUCAGUUUGAAGUAUUGUACUUUUUAUUAUCAACCUGAACAUAUUUGAAAAGAUAUAAUCAUUUUGAAAUAUUUGUCUGUUUAGUAUUAAGCUGACCAUGCUUAAAACGAUCUGAACAGUU